GCCUCCUCCUUCCUCCUUCCUCCUCUCUCUCUCUCUCUCUCUCUCUCUCUCUCUUCAUUUUCUCUCUCUAAAACACCCACAUUCUCUCUCUACACCUCCGCCUCCGCUUCCGCCUCUCUCUCCUUCUAGAUAUUUCCACCGCGUUUCAUGGAUCUACAACCCCCACUCACUCCCCCAGUUUCUGCCUCUCAUUCUCUCUCCUAGGUUUAGUCACCGCCACUCUUUCCACUGUUUUUUUUUUGUAGCUUAAACCAUGCAAUCCCUAGCUCAAUGCGAUGGAGAACCUCGCCGGAAACCUAGAAGCCUCGAGCUACUCUUCUCCGGUCACUCUCUCGAGCUCCAAGGCGGCUGCUUUUGACGAUGUUUUGUGUGAAUUUCGACAAUGCGAACUCCGAUUCUGCUUCUGCUGUUUGUUCUCCUCUUGAUUUUCUGCUGCUUAGGGGGUUUUUCUCUAAAUAUUUACUUGUUUCCUUCUCAAUUGCCAGACCAACCGUUGUCUAUGAAAAAUUUCUCAGUCGAACGCGUUGUCCUACCAUUUGCAGCAAGGUCAACGUUGAUGGUUCUUCCAUUUGCUUCAUCAAAGCGAUCCAAAGCAUGGGCGGUCAAGCCUUUUACGGGAAUCCUUGCACCUGCACCUUCUCCAAUUCAUCUAGGUCCUAGCAGUCCUCACCCACCACAGCACGGCCAUUAUCGUCAUCAUCAUGUGAGAGUGAAACCCCGUGCUGUUGCUCCAGCUCCAUCAAAUGACCCAGGUUGUGACCAAAUUUGUGUAGAGCCACUUACCACAUCUCCAUUUGGUUCACCUUGUGGUUGUGUGUUUCCCAUGAAAGUCAAACUUUUACUGGACAUAGCUCCUUAUGCUAUUUUUCCAGUAAUGAGUGAGCUAGAGAUUGAGAUUGCUGAAGGCACGUAUCUGACACAAAGUCAAGUGAAAAUAAUGGGUGCAAGUGCUGAUAGUCAAAAUCAAGGAAGAACAGUGGUGGAUAUUAACUUGGUUCCACUAGGGGAGAAGUUUGAUAAUACCACUGCGAUACUGACAUAUGAUAGAUUUCAGCAUAAGAAAGUGCCUCUGAAUUUGACACUUUUUGGAAACUAUGAAGUGGUAUACAUUAGUUAUCCAGGGCUACCUCCUUCACCGCCAUAUGAGAUUUACAAUGGGCAUGAUCCAGCUGGAAUUGCUGGAGGUCUCCCUUUCACCGCGGAUUUUGGCGGCAAGAACCAGAGGAUGAAUAUUAGAACGAUUGUGAUUAUUGCUCUGUCUGCAUUUGUAGUCCUGGUGGUUCUCCUUGCGGCUAUCUGUAUCUUUGUGAAGGGGAGGAGAGUUGGAAGACCAUCUAGCGCAGUCAGUCCUGUAUUCACACCUUCUGUUCACAAAAGAUCUGCAGGUAUCGGGUCUAUCUUAUCAAGUAGCAUUGCAAGCUCCACUUCAGUGUCCCUAAUGUCCACCAUGGCUACCAGUAUUCUCUCUGUCAAAACAUUUCCACUAGCUGAGCUUGAGAAAGCAACAAAUAAGUUCAGUUCCCAAAGGGUUUUGGGAGAAGGGGGAUUUGGACGUGUUUACCAUGGAAUUAUGGAAGAUGGGACUGAAGUUGCAGUCAAAGUGCUUACAAGGGAUAAUCAGAAUCAGAAUGGAGACCGUGAAUUUAUUGCAGAAGUUGAGAUGCUAAGCCGUUUGCAUCACCGUAAUCUUGUGAAGUUGAUAGGCAUUUGUAUUGAAGGGCAGACACGCAGUUUGGUAUGUGAGAUUGUUCGCAAUGGAAGUGUUGAAUCUCACUUGCACGGCAUUGACAAGAUAAAUGGGCCUCUUGACUGGGAUGCAAGGAUGAAGAUUGCCCUUGGGGCAGCAAGAGGAUUAGCCUAUCUUCACGAAGAUUCUAAUCCUCGUGUUAUUCACCGAGAUUUUAAGGCUAGUAACGUUUUGCUGGAAGCUGACUUCACACCCAAGGUUUCAGAUUUUGGGUUAGCUAGGGAAGCAACUGAGGGAAGUCAUCACAUCUCCACUAGGGUCAUGGGAACUUUUGGGUAUGUUGCCCCAGAAUAUGCAAUGACAGGGCACCUACUUGUCAAGAGCGAUGUUUAUAGUUAUGGCGUUGUGCUGCUGGAACUCCUCUCUGGAAGAAAACCGGUUGACAUGUCCCACUCUCCGGGACAGGAGAAUUUAGUAACAUGGGCACGACCAUUGCUAACGAGCAGAGAAGGCUUGCAGCAGUUGGUGGAUCCCACCUUAGCUGGAACCCAUGACUUUGACGACAUGGCUAAAGUGGCAGCCAUUGCUUCCAUGUGCGUUCACCCUGAGGUGACCCACAGACCUUUUAUGGGUGAAGUUGUGCAGGCUCUAAAGCUGAUAUACAAUGAUAACGAUGAGACUGGUGGGGACUGUUAUAGUCAAAAGGAGUCUUCCGUCCAGGACUCUGACUUUAAAGGUGAUCUUGCCCCAUCUGAUAGCAGUUGGUGGAAUGCUGGUGGACUCACUCCCCGGAUGAAUUAUGGGCAUGCCUCUUCAUUCAUCACAAUGGAGUAUAGUUCUGGACCACUUGAAGAUAUGGAAAACAGACCGUUUUCAACUUCAAGUUUGGUAGGGGAUGAGAUAUUGUUACCAAUCAGACACGGCAAUAGGUCAGGGCCGUUGAGAACAGUCCGAAGCAAGCCAGCAUUCUACAGAGUAAGAGGAAGUAGGAGCGACCACGGGGGACUGCUCUCGAAGAAGCGUGCUUGGAACGAUGGCUUCUGGGUUUGAACAAGUUUGUUAACUUAAUUUUUUGAAUUUUGUACAGCUCAAAAAGGACCGCGGCGGCUUUUUAGUUAAGCCGUUGGUGUAGAUUAGGGUUGGAAAAUCCUGCGGAUUCCAUGUUUGGAAGAUGAGAGAGAAAGUGAGGAGAGAGGAUUAAUGGGUUCUAAUUUUGGAAUUCUUGAUUCAUUUGCAUACAAGCUCAAGAUGGAUGGAGAAAUGUAAGUUGAAUGUAAGUUCAAUGGCUUAUUGAUUUGACAAUUUUACCCUCGUUUGUA